GGCUGGGCUUGUUAGACGGGCAUUGUGUGCAAUGCCAUGGCCGGGGCGGUCAAGUGCUCCGUGCAGCCAAGCGCGGAAGCCGUGCGUUGCAGCACCGACCCUCCGCAGCCGAUCGGCAAAACGGCAGCCCAGGUCAGACCGAGCCCGGGUGUCAACGGUGCCCUGAGAAUUUGGGGGCUGCCGGUGAAGUGGGCGUCCCUGGUGCUGCUGACCUUCGUCACCACCUGGACCAUCUUCGCCAUCAAGCUGGCGCGCAGGAGCUCCCAGACCUACCUGAACUCCUCGGUGGUCUUGGUGUCCGAGCUCCUGAAGUUUGGGUUCAGCUUCUCGUUUCUGGCGCUGGAGACAAAGAGCUUCGGCCUGGCGCGGCGCGCGCUGUGGGUGGAGUGCCGGUACCACUUCCUGGCCAUGCUGAAGCUCGGCGUGCCGGGGCUGGCCUACACGAUUCAGAACAACCUUAUCUUCCUGUCGGUGGAUCUAUUGAGCGCAGCAGUGCAGCAGGUGACAUACCAGCUGAAGAUCCUGACCGCGGCAUUGCUCAGCGUGUUGAUGCUGGGCCGGACGGUGGGCGUGAAGAAGUGGGUGGCGCUCUUCGUGCUGGUGGCGGGGGUGAUGCUCGUGCAAGUGCCCCGGGACCUUUCUGACGGCGCCAUGGCGGAACGGUCCGCCUGGGCUGUGGGCCGGGGGCUGGUCGGCUUCCUGGCGGCGCUGGGGGCCUGCUUUGCCAGCGGCUUCGGGGGCGUCUACAUGGAGAUGGUGCUGAAGGGUUCGGGCACCUCCAUCUGGCUCCGCAACGCCCAGCUGGCGGUCUUCGGGGCUGUGACGGCCCUGGCCGGGGUGGUGUCCCAGGAUCUCCCCAAACUGCGCCAGGCUGGGCUUCUGCAGGGCUACACGGCCCAGGUGUGGCUCAUGGCCUUCACCGUGGCGCUGGGGGGCUUGCUGGUGGCGGCGGUCCUGAAAUACGCGGACAACCUCCUGAGACAGUUCAGCACGGCGAUUUCGGUGAUUCUGACGACAGCUCUUUCUGCUUGGGUGCUUCACGACAUCACGUUGGAUAUCAUGUUUGGCGUGGGUACCGCGCUCACCAUUGGGGCCACAUUCAUGUACAGUGGGCUGCUUGACCAAUUCUUGCCAAGCUGGAUGUUGCGCUGACAUCGCUUGGCUGGACGUGCGAAGGUUAUGGCUCGCUGAGCUGCACAAUCCGAUCGGAUUGGUGCACCGGCAGUGUCAAGCCUACACAAAUGUGCGGGUUGAGAGUGUCUAAGCACGGGGGACACGCUUGUGGAGA